GUGGUUAACUGAUAAUGCCCCACCAAAUUGCUGACAUAAGGAUAAAUGAUAAUGACAGGCCGUUUUCUAAUUUCUUAGUUAAUUAAGCAAGUGGCUUAAAGGUCUUCUAUCAGGGUCAUAUUCUAUUGUCAUUUAUCGUAAAUAUAUAUCCGCAAGUUUGCCAUAAUCAAGCAUAAAGACUCCUUCACAGUUUUCAAAGGCGUCUGUCUAGAUCAAGUAUCAGCAAUUUCUGCAGCAUAGUUUUCUGUCAUUUGCUGACUCUAUUGUAUAUCAAGCCUCAAGAAUCUAUUGAAAUCAUGAAGCAAAGGGAAGGUAAAAGUGUAGCUGAUGGAAAAAAGUCAAAGAAGAUUGCUCCAGCACCUCCACCACCACCACCAACGUCAAGGUUUCUUCUUAGCAGGAAAGUGACAACACCAAGCCAGACCAAACAGGAGAUUGCUAAGUAUUGGAAGCAGAAGCGCAAGACUGAAGAAGACCACUUCCUUGAUGCCAUCAAGGCUGCAGCCAGAAUCAGGGCGCGCAAUCUCUCAGCGGAGGAAUACAAAUACUUUGUGUAUUCAUUGAAGGUGGAUGAUGAUGACAUGGAGAUACCUAAGAACAUCUCCGAAAUCAAUGAGAACAUGAAGGAGAAGAGAGUUGGUAUAAAGGACUGGUGGACGAAGAGCAAAUAUGCAUAUCUAAACCAGCCUGCACUGAAGUCCAUGGAAAGCUGCCACGGCUCCACUUAUAUUCCGCAACUAUAUUGCUACAAGGCUCCACCUCCACCAGUCACAAGUACUUUUGGGAUCUUCUAGGCAAUUCAUGAUGCCGUUCACGCACACAGAGUCAUAUUUCAUGUAUGUGUUGUAUCUAUAUCAUUGUUUGUUUAAGUGUGUGAUACUCAAAGGAAGUAUCAUAUAUAUGAUCAUUGAAAUUAUUGUAUUGGGGUUGUGAACUACUCUGCUGCACCUGUGGUGGAAAUUGCUGUUAAUAAAUAAUGGUUCUAUUAUUG